AUGGCACAUUUAGUCGACUGGUUUGUCGACAUUUUAGUGAGCCUGUCUGUCCCAAAAGGUAAACAUCAAAAGAUGGCCUCCUACUCGCAAUAUCUCACCAAAGAAAAAGAAGACGAACUUCGUGGAAUUGCUAAUGCUAUUGUGGCUAGUGGAAAGGGAAUUCUUGCCGCUGAUGAAUCCACUGGCAGUAUGGAAAAACGAUUGAAGAGCAUUGGUUUAGAAAAUACUGAAGAGAAUCGCAGAAAGUAUAGACAGCUCCUAUUUACUGGGAAUCCUGACCUUGGAAAACAUAUUUCCGGAGUGAUAAUGUUUCACGAAACAUUCUAUCAGAAAGCGGAUGAUGGUACACGCUUUGUUGAUGUACUCAAAAAGCAAGGAAUUAUUCCUGGAAUUAAGGUAGAUAAGGGCGUUGUGCCAAUGGCAGGAACGGUCGGCGAAGCAACCACACAGGGAUUGGACGAUCUUAACCAGCGUUGUGCUCAAUACAAAAAGGAUGGUGCUCAAUUCGCGAAAUGGCGCUGUGUCCACAAAAUUUCCGUCACCACCCCAUCACAUACAGCUCUCGUAGAAAUCGCUCAGGUGCUCGCACGCUACGCAUCGAUCUGUCAACAGAACGGUUUGGUCCCAAUCGUCGAGCCAGAAAUUCUUCCCGACGGUGAACACGACAUUGCAAGAUGUCAGAAAAUUACCGAAACCGUACUCUCGUACUGUUAUCGAGCACUGAACGAUCAUCAUGUUUAUCUGGAAGGAACUCUACUGAAGCCGAACAUGGUCACAGCAGGACAGGGAUUCAAGGGACCGAAACCGUCGAACGAUGCGGUCGGAUUGGCUACGGUAACCGCACUGCAGCGUUCCGUACCGGCUGCCGUGCCAGGAGUGGUGUUCCUCUCCGGCGGUCAGUCGGAGGAAGAGGCCACGCUUAAUCUGAACGCUAUGAAUAAGGUGGCGGGAAAAAGGCCGUGGGUGCUAACAUUCUCGUACGGUCGUGCUCUACAAGCAUCUUGUUUGGCGAAAUGGGCAGGAAAAGAUGAAAAUAUCAAGGCUGCACAGGCUGUUCUUUUACAUCGUGCCCAAUCAAAUUCGCUAGCAGCGCUCGGCAAAUAUACUGGCGAUCCGAAUGCGGAUGCAGCUGCUUCAAAAUCGCUAUUCGUAGCAAAUCAUGCUUACUGA